GCAGUGCGUGCUCGUUGCAAAAUGGCCACGUCCGACUCCAAAGCGCCUUUGCGAACCGUAAAAAGGGUCCAAUUUGGCAUUCUUUCUCCCGAUGAAAUACGUCGUAUGUCCGUCACAGAUGGCGGGAUUCGCUUUCCAGAAACCAUGGAAGGCGGUCGCCCAAAGCUCGGUGGACUUAUGGACCCGAGACAAGGUGUUAUUGAUAGAAACUCUCGGUGUCAGACAUGUGCCGGUAACAUGACAGAGUGCCCAGGACAUUUUGGUCACAUCGAUCUGGCUAAACCGGUGUUUCAUGUUGGUUUUAUAACAAAAACUAUAAAAAUAUUAAGAUGCGUGUGUUUUUAUUGCUCGAAACUCCUAGUUAGUCCUCACAAUCCAAAGAUCAAAGAAAUUGUUAUGAAAACUAAAGGUCAACCACGUAAACGUCUCACAUUUGUAUAUGAUUUAUGCAAAAGUAAAAACAUUUGUGAGGGUGGUGACGAGAUGGAUAUUAACAAAGAAAAUCCAGAGCAGCCUCCCGCGGAUCGGAAACCAGGCCACGGAGGUUGUGGUAGAUAUCAACCCAAUCUUAGGAGAUCAGGCUUGGAUGUGACGGCGGAAUGGAAACAUGUGAAUGAAGACUCUCAAGAAAAGAAAAUGGCCCUCACCGCUGAAAGAGCAUGGGAAAUAUUGAAGCACAUUAUAGACGAAGAAUCGUUUAUUCUUGGCAUGGAUCCGAAAUUUGCUAGACCAGAUUGGAUGGUGGUGACAGUUCUACCUGUUCCACCUUUAUCGGUCAGGCCAGCAGUCAUUAUGUAUGGUUCAGCGAAAAAUCAGGAUGACUUAACGCAUAAACUGGCGGACAUUAUAAAGUCUAACAACGAAUUAAUCAGAAACGAGCAGGCUGGAGCAGCGGCGCACGUUAUAUCAGAGAACAUAAAGAUGUUACAGUUUCAUGUGGCGACGCUGGUGGACAACGAUAUGCCUGGAAUGCCCAGGGCAAUGCAGAAAUCGGGAAAACCAUUGAAAGCUAUAAAGGCACGAUUGAAAGGCAAGGAAGGUAGAAUAAGAGGAAAUUUGAUGGGCAAACGUGUUGACUUCUCGGCUCGUACGGUCAUCACGCCGGAUCCAAACUUACGGAUCGACCAAGUCGGUGUGCCUCGAAGUAUUGCCCAAAAUCUAACAUUCCCUGAAAUUGUAACACCCUUCAAUAUCGAUAAAAUGCAAGAGCUUGUCAGACGCGGGAACUCGCAAUAUCCAGGUGCGAAAUAUAUCGUGCGGGACAAUGGAGAAAGAAUCGAUUUACGAUUCCAUCCGAAACCAUCUGAUCUGCACCUGCAAUGUGGUUACAGAGUGGAGCGUCACAUUCGCGAUGGCGACCUGGUAAUUUUCAAUCGUCAGCCAACGCUGCACAAAAUGAGUAUGAUGGGACACCGAGUGAAAGUUCUGCCCUGGAGUACAUUCCGUAUGAAUCUUAGCUGUACCUCGCCGUACAACGCCGAUUUCGAUGGGGACGAAAUGAAUUUGCACGUGCCGCAAUCGAUGGAGACACGUGCGGAGGUGGAAAACAUUCAUGUGACACCUCGACAGAUUAUUACGCCGCAGGCGAACAAACCAGUCAUGGGUAUUGUACAGGACACGCUCACAGCUGUACGAAAGAUGACGAAAAGGGACGUUUUCAUAGAGAAAGAACAAAUGAUGAAUAUUCUAAUGUUCUUGCCCAGUUGGGACGGCAAGAUGCCGCAGCCCUGUAUAUUGAAGCCGAAACCACUGUGGACCGGCAAACAGAUCUUCUCUUUGAUUAUACCGGGAAACGUAAACAUGAUCCGAACGCACAGCACGCAUCCAGAUGAAGAGGACGACAGUCCUUACAAAUGGAUUUCGCCUGGCGACACUAAAGUAAUGGUAGAACACGGGGAGCUCGUUAUGGGUAUCCUCUGUAAAAAGACUCUGGGUACGUCCGCUGGGUCUCUGCUUCACAUCUGUAUGUUGGAGUUGGGUCACGAGGUCUGUGGACGGUUCUAUGGAAACAUUCAGACUGUGAUCAACACUUGGUUGUUAUUGGAGGGUCACUCUAUUGGUAUCGGGGAUACUAUUGCCGAUCCUCAGACCUAUUUGGAGAUCCAGAAGGCGAUCAAGAAAGCCAAAGAGGAUGUAAUAGAGGUUAUUCAGAAGGCUCACAAUAUGGAGCUGGAACCGACACCUGGUAACACAUUGAGGCAGACAUUCGAGAAUCAAGUGAACAGGAUCUUGAACGAUGCUCGUGACAAGACUGGUGGUUCCGCCAAGAAAUCCUUAACCGAGUACAAUAAUCUGAAGGCUAUGGUGGUGUCAGGUUCGAAGGGGUCCAACAUUAACAUUUCUCAGGUUAUCGCUUGUGUCGGUCAACAGAACGUUGAAGGUAAACGAAUACCGUUCGGCUUCCGGAAGAGGACACUGCCGCAUUUCAUUAAAGACGAUUACGGUCCUGAGUCAAGGGGAUUCGUCGAGAAUUCAUAUCUUGCCGGUUUGACACCGUCUGAGUUUUAUUUCCACGCUAUGGGAGGUCGUGAGGGUCUUAUCGAUACUGCUGUAAAAACCGCCGAAACCGGGUACAUUCAGCGUCGUCUGAUAAAGGCUAUGGAGUCCGUAAUGGUGCAUUACGAUGGUACAGUCAGAAACUCUGUGGGACAACUGAUUCAGUUACGUUACGGCGAGGACGGUUUGUGCGGUGAAACUGUAGAAUUCCAAAACUUACCCACCAUUAAGCUAAGCAACAAAGCAUUUGAAAAGAAAUUCAAAUUCGAUCCGACCAACGAACGUUACCUCCGUCGUAUAUUCAAUGAGGAGAUUGUUAGAGAGAUGAUGGGAUCUGGAGAGGUUAUUUCAGAACUGGAAAGGGAAUGGGAACAGUUGAACAAGGAUCGUGCGAUACUGAGAGAGAUCUUCCCCAGUGGCGAGUCGAAAGUAGUACUGCCUUGUAACCUUCAACGAAUGAUUUGGAACGUGCAGAAGAUUUUCCACAUAAAUAAACGAGCUCCAACCGAUCUCAGUCCUAUGAGAGUUAUACAAGGUGUAAAGGAUCUCCUAGAGAAGUGUAUUAUUGUGGCUGGCGAGGAUAGGCUGAGCAAACAGGCGAAUGAGAAUGCCACGUUGUUGUUCCAAUGCCUAGUAAGGUCCACUUUAUGUACAAAGUGUGUUUCUGAGGAAUUUAGAUUGUCCAGUGAAGCCUUCGAAUGGCUUAUCGGAGAGAUCGAAACAAGGUUCCAACAAGCACAGGUAUCACCUGGUGAGAUGGUUGGUGCUUUGGCCGCCCAGUCGCUUGGCGAACCAGCCACUCAGAUGACAUUGAACACUUUCCACUUUGCUGGUGUGUCGUCGAAGAACGUAACCCUUGGUGUGCCCAGAUUGAAGGAAAUUAUAAAUAUUAGUAAAAAACCAAAGGCUCCGUCACUAACGGUGUUCUUGACUGGAGCUGCGGCAAGGGAUGCGGAGAAAGCGAAGAACGUUCUCUGCCGGCUCGAACACACCACGCUGCGAAAGGUCACGGCGAAUACAGCGAUUUAUUACGAUCCGGAUCCGCAGAACACAGUGAUCGCAGAGGAUCAAGAAUUCGUUAACGUUUACUACGAGAUGCCUGACUUCGAUCCCACUAAAAUUUCACCGUGGCUGCUCCGUAUCGAAUUAGACCGGAAGAGGAUGACCGACAAGAAGUUGACCAUGGAACAAAUCGCGGAGAAAAUUAACGCUGGUUUCGGGGACGAUUUGAAUUGUAUAUUCAAUGACGAUAACGCUGAGAAAUUGGUGUUACGAAUUAGGAUAAUGAACAGCGAUGACAAAUUCACAGGAGACACAGAGGAGGAGACUGUAGACAAGAUGGAGGACGACAUGUUCCUCCGGUGCAUAGAGGCGAAUAUGCUCAGUGACAUGACGUUGCAGGGUAUUGAGGCCAUAGGAAAAGUGUACAUGCAUUUACCACAAACCGAUUCGAAGAAACGUAUCGUUAUCACAGAUACUGGUGAAUUUAAAGCAAUCGCAGAGUGGUUAUUGGAAACGGACGGAACGAGUUUGAUGAAAGUAUUGAGCGAAAGAGACGUGGACCCUGUCAGAACGUUCAGUAACGACAUUUGCGAAAUAUUCCAAGUGCUGGGAAUAGAGGCUGUGAGAAAAUCAGUGGAGAAAGAAAUGAACGCUGUGUUGCAGUUCUAUGGUCUUUACGUAAACUACCGUCAUCUUGCUUUGCUUUGCGACGUUAUGACUGCCAAAGGACACUUGAUGGCUAUUACUCGUCAUGGAAUCAAUAGACAAGACACUGGUGCCCUUAUGAGAUGUUCCUUUGAAGAAACAGUAGACGUUUUAUUGGAUGCUGCAUCUCACGCAGAAGUCGAUCCUAUGAGAGGAGUAUCUGAAAAUAUUAUAAUGGGACAACUGCCACGUAUAGGAACAGGAUGUUUCGAUUUACUGUUGGACGCCGAGAAGUGUAAGGCUGGCAUUGAAAUUCCAAUGGCAGUAGGAGCUGGUGUAAUGGGAACUGCUGGAAUGUUCUUCGGCAGUGUUGCCACGCCAAGCAUGAGCCCACAAAUGACACCUUGGAUGGGCGCUACUCCUGGCUAUGGUGCUUCAAGCAUGUCACCUGCACUAGGAAGUGGUAUGACACCGGGAGGUGCAUGCUUCUCACCAUCAGGCGCAUCGGAUGCCUCUGGUCUUUCGCCAGCAUACUCUGCCUACUCACCGCAACCUGGAAGCCCAGGAAGUCCAGGGCCCAGUAUGAGUCCAUACCCAAUGUCACCAGCAGGCGGUGCAUCGCCGAGUUAUUCGCCUACGUCACCUGCUUAUCUGCCAACAUCGCCCAGUAUGACACCGUCGAGUCCUAACUACUCGCCUACGAGUCCUACAUACUCGCCCACCAGUCCGAACUACUCACCAACGUCGCCAAGCUACUCUCCAACGUCGCCUAGUUACUCACCGACGUCGCCAAACUACUCACCGACGUCGCCUAGUUACUCACCUACGUCGCCAAGCUAUUCACCAACGUCACCGAGUUAUUCACCAACGUCACCGAGUUACUCACCAACGUCGCCAAGCUACUCGCCAACAUCGCCGAGUUAUUCACCAACUUCUCCUAGUUACUCGCCAACAUCGCCAAGCUAUUCACCUACUUCGCCCAGUUACUCGCCAACCUCGCCGAGUUAUUCACCAACGUCACCGAGUUACUCACCGACUUCGCCUAGUUACUCGCCGACGAGUCCAAGUUACUCGCCCAGCUCGCCGAAUUACACACCAGCCUCACCGUCGUACUCGCCCACGAGUCCUAGCUACUCGCCGAGUUCACCGCAAUACUCUCCAGCGAGUCCAAGCUACUCGCCUAGCAGCCCGAAAUAUUCACCGACCAGUCCUAGCUACUCGCCCACAUCACCGUCGUUCGCUGGCACCUCGCCGCAGUACACGCCAGCGAGUCCAACGUACUCGCCGACUAGUCCGACGUACUCGCCAACCAGUCCAUCGUAUUCGCCCAGCUCGCCGCAGCACACGGCAUCGGGAAGCACAAGAUAUUCGCCGAGCAGUCCGAACUACUCGCCAACUAGUCCAACGUAUUCGCCAACGAGCCCGCAGUACUCGCCCUCCAGUACAAAGUACUCGCCCACCAGUCCGACUUACACACCCACCAGUCCAAGUUAUUCGCCGACGAGUCCAACGUACUCGCCCCCAGUGCCGGGCUACUCGCCAACGAGUCCAACCUAUUCACCGGCCUCCCCGGCCUACGAGACAGAUGACUAA